CACCGAUCAUGGAAAGAGCCGAAGAUGUCGGCUCGGUCAUGUGAUCAGCUGUGUCCAAUCACAGCUGACCACAUGUACACUGAUCAUGAGGGUACUGAUGAUCAGUGUACCCUGAUGAUCAGUGUAGCCCCAGCAGUGCCAACUGUCAGUGUCCAUCAGUGCCUUGUGUCAGUGCUCAUCAGUGCCUCGUGCCAGUGCCCAUCAGUACCACAUCAAUGCCACAUAUCAGUGCCUACCAGUGCACAUUAAUGCCACAUAUCAGUGCCCAUCUGAGCUGCCUUUCAGUGUCACCCAUCAGUGCCAGUCAGUGCCACCUAUUAAUGCCUAUCAGUGCCACCUAUAAGUGCUGCCAGUCAGU